AUGUAGGAUGAAUUGAAAAAGCUUUAUACACAGCUGGAAGUUCACAAGACCAAGAAGAUGCUGGUAAACAACCCUCAUCUUCAGAAGAAGAGAAGUUCAAAGAGGGGCUUAGGCCACACUCUGAUGAAACGUAUCACAGAGUUACCUGAGUCUAUAUCCCGCCAGUGCAGCAAGGAGGAGAAAGAUGGGUCUAUCAGUGGAAGAAGACAAAGUCAUUCUGGGUCCUACAAGCAACAAGGCUCAGGCUCUGGAAAUUUGAGUAUGAAAUUGAAAGAGGACUUCUCUUCCAAGCACAAGGUGGCCUUCCAAGCACAAGGUGGGAUUCCACUGAAGAAAUCCCAUAGUACCUAUGACUAUAGGAGGGAUGUCAAGGGGAACAGUGUACUAACCAGACAUGACAGUGGCAAAGAAGCUUCUUUGUUGGACUCACUUAUGAGGAAAAAACUAGCCAAGAAAACCUCAGAGAAAUCUGACAAUUACUCUGUUGAUUCAGCCACUCCAGUAUACAAGUCAGCCAGUACUCACAACCUGUUAGCAGAUAAGAAAUCUCUGCACCCCAAGCACUCCCCUCUGCAGAAAUCUCUCAGUGUUGCCAGCAAUGCAAAAGAAAAUGCCUCACUGCUAACUAGCACAGCCUAUUUAGAAAAUAUCCGUAAACUUUCCCAAGAGAAAGACACAAAAGCAGCAGUGGAAGAUACCAUGACAGAAAGUAAGGUCUCUAGACAUGCUGAAUCCUGUGAUGUAGCCUCAGAAAUAGUGGUGAAACAGCUCCAGAUAGAGAACACAGCAAAAAAAAUUGAGAGACACCUUCUAGAAGGUGGCAGCUCUAGCAAGCACAUUAUGCGCCCAUGGGAGGCUGUGACAGCCCCAUCAACACCAUUAGAAAGCAGAGCUGAGAGGCAUGUAACAUCUGCCCCCAUCAGGAGCGUCAGCAUCAACAUUUCUGAUUUGCCUGGGAGAAGACACCAUGCCAUUAAGAGGGCACCACCUGAACCUCCCAUCAGGCAGCAAAGUUUGAUUCACAACCUUGAAAGGAAAUAUAUAGCUCCUUGGGAUAUUUAUGAUCAAAAGCGACAUCCUGCUCAGUCUCCUCAAAAGGAACCCCAAAAUAUUCCAGUGCUAGUUAACAUAUGUCUAAGGAAAACAGAAGAGUAUUCUCCAUUAAAAACUGAAAUGGAAAAGACUAUGCAUGGAGAAGAUAGCGUGCCACCUUCUUCUCCAGCGGGACUAACUAGGCUAGCCUCCAUUGCUGCAGAAGUCUGCCCUUGGGAGGUUAUGGAAAUGCCCAUUCCAAGCAAGAAAGAUGUAGAGGUGAGUGAUUCAGAUAAUCAAAACAGCUCUCUUGAGAAACAAUCCCAAAGCCUCAUUCCCAAGAGCUCCAUAAAAAGCUUAGGUAUGGCCAUUAAAGCAUUCAACCGUUCAAAGAUAAAGAGAAGCAUAAGUUCAGCAAAGAACAGUGAGGGCAGUGAAGCCAAAAAUGAGAAAGACAUCAGUGGAAAACCCAAGUUGGCAGAAACAGCUUUAAUGUCUACUGAAGGAUCAUCAAAGCAAGAAGUACCCUCUAGGAAUCCUGGAGAUAGCAGGGCAAGGCCAAUCAGCAAACAAGCAGCUAUCUGCCCUUGGGAUGAGGAAGAAGAGGCUUGUCCUAGCUCAGAGAAGAAUAAUCUAAACAGAGCCCUUGAGUUGUGCCCUUGGGAGAUGAACCAAGAUGUCCAGGACAGAGUGAGCAACCUAGCAGCAACAGCUUUCAAAAGUGCUGAGGAGAUCUCCCCUAUCAGAUUGGAAAAGACCAAGAACCAGUGGGUAUCUCUGUGUCCCAGAGAGGCAACAGAAGAUCAAAACAGAGAGAAUAAAACUUCUAACAUCUUGUUAAUGAUUUCAGAGACAGACAAGAAAGCUGAUAUUUGUCCCUGGGAAAUGGCAAAUGCCAUAUCCAGCAACAAAAGUGACACAAAAUCCUGGAAAAUCAGUGGUGCCUUGCCACAUGAUGAGACAAUAAAAAAAAACAAAAGGAAGCCUUCUGAUGAAUACAGAAAAGAGAGGUCUUUAAGAGAGGCUCUUUCACCUGAAACUCUAGAGAAGGCGUGUGGUCAGCACGAUCCUUGGGAUACUAAGGAACCAUUUUUAGGAGCAGAGUCUAAAAAAAGCCUAGAUUUAUCCAACAUUGACCAAAAGAAACCUAGAUGUAUUGGUAAUACUGAGAAAGAAGUUAGUCCUUCAAAAACUGAACCAGCAGAAGAACGUCCCUGUGAAGUGGCUUCAUGCCCUCUGGAAAAGGUUAAAAGAGAACCUUCCAAAGAUGUUAUAUGGAAAGCAUCAAAUCCUCUGAAAACACCUGAAGAUAACAUAUGGCAUGAUUCGAUCUGUCCUUUGAAAGGUACAGAAUUGGAGGAUGCUUUGCAAAAGACAACUGCAAAAUGUUUAGAUCUGAGUAAUAUCUACUCAGAGAUGUCAGACAGUUCUCAGAGGAAAAUGGCAGGGAUAGCUCCUUGGGAAACACAAGAACCAAAUCUCAAAACAGCAGUAUGUCCCUGGGAAAAUAAAGAUCCCUCAACAUCAGAAAGAGAACUUAAGGAGAAUGUAAGUGGAGUCUCCAGAGAGGAGAAAAAGGGAACUAAAGAAGUAGCAUUUGCAAAAGGAAACAAUCAGAAUAGGGAAUCUAUCUGUCCAUGGGAGAGCAUGGUCAGUGAAGAUUUAUUGGUCAAGCCUACAUCCAAGAACCUUUGUCUGUCCAAAUUCAACUCAGAGAACUCAGAAAGCCUGGAAAACCGAAAGGCAACAGUUUGCCCCUGGGAAGCUGAAAGCAUUGAAGUUGCCAUUAAAGCAGAAAUCUGCCCCUGGGAAACAUUGGUACCUUCAAAUAAAAGAGCUUCCAAUCAGGAUACAGAAGGAGCAAUGAAAAGGACUGUAGCCAUUGUGUCUAAGCCUCCAGAAAAGGCAUGUAGCUCACAAGAGACAAGCAGUCCUUGGGAAAUCCUGAACACUGAUGAACUGUCAUGUGAGUCAAAUGUUAAAAGUCUAAACUCCCCCAAAACUGGCAGUACAGAGGGCUUCUUAGCAGAAGUGUGUCCUUGGGAAAAUAGGGAUAGUCAUGAGACUAUCUUACAGAAUGAAACAGGCCCUUCUAAAAUAAUAGAGAAGGUAAGCAAUCUCCAGGAAUCUGUCUGCCCAUGGGACAGUGUUGAUCCCAGCAUGCUCUCCAAAAUCCCUUCAAGGAACUUUGAUAGCACAGAGAGCUUAAAGGCAGAAGUCUGUCCUUGGGAAGUGGCCACAGAAAACGCUUCCAAAGUGGAUGAUGGCUGCAAAAGUACUUCCCCAGUGAGUUUGUCUAAAGUGAUUGAAAAACUGAGCAACUUACAGGAAGACCUCUGUCCAUGGGACAGCACGGGGCUUCAGCAACCUUCAGCAAGAUCUGGUGACCAAAGUCCAGCUCUCUGCAAAACUAGCUUAAAGAAAUCUGAUAGCAUUGAAAGUCUAAGGACAGAUGUUUGUCCAUGGGAAACCUCAGAAGAGGUGAAAAUAUGUCCAUGGACAGAAGCCAUGGCCUCAUUAAAAACCAGAAAACUAAAACAAGUCCCAAGUGUGCUUUGCAAAGAAAAGGAAGGCAAUGCACUAAAAAGUCCAAAUUCCAAGAACGUUUGGGGAGAAAUAGCAUUUAAAAAAAUAAAGAAAUCAAAAAGCCAUCAAGGAUCUAUUUUUCCUUCGGGAAGUAUGGGUACUGAUAAGUCACCUGCAAAAAGCACCCAAAGCCUAGAUCUGUUGCAAAUUAGUUCUAAGAAAACUGGAAGUGUUGAGAGUCUAAAGGCAGAGAUUUGUCCAUGGGAAUACCAGAAGCUUCAGACAGAUGUUAAGACUGAAAUAGGCCCUUGGACUGCAGCUAAAGGACCACCAGCUGAAAGUACCUUUAUAAAGGAGUCAGAACAGGUUUCCAAUGAUAAAGCAGAUACCAAAACUUUAAUGAGGCAGAUGAAGAGACAAGAGGAAGUAAGCAGCUCACGAGAGUCUAUUUGUCCUUGGGAGAGCUCGGAACAAGUAAGCAGCCAAAGGCCAGCAUUGCCCGAAGAUGGCUUGAAGAAAUCAGAGAAUGCGGAAAGCUCAAAAGCAAAGGUGUGUCCUUGGGAAGUGGAAGAAGAACAAUCCAGUGGCAAGGCUGAAAUAUGCCUCAUGGAAACAGCACCUACAUCUAGCAAUGAUGGGAUAUUAAGACAGGAUGUCAGUGGAGUUUCAAAAGGCAAAACACUGACAAGUCCAAGCUUAAAGAAAGUCUGGGUAGGAAUGGGAGCUAAAAAAUUCAAGUCCCAUAGCCAGCAAGGUUCAGUUUCUUCCCAGAAAAAUACUGACAUACUCACAGUAAAACCCAGUCAUAAAAGUUUAGAUCUGUCCAUAAAACUGGACAAUGCUGAAAGCCUAAAAACAGAAUUCUGUCCAUGGAAAAUGCAGGAAGCUGGAGCUACCAUGAAGGCUGAAGUAUGUCCCUGGGAAGGCACUGAGGCUCCACUUGAGAAGGGGACAUCAAGUAGGGUCAUGGGUUGGACUUCCAAAGGGAAUGUGAAAACAGGUUCAAGAAACCCUACAAAAACACCAGAAGCUCUGGAGGAAACUAGCAAUUCUCAACAGUCUAACUUCCAAUGGGAGAGUACAGAUGCUGCAAAUGUCAUGGUAACCAGUACUUCUUCACAGAAGUUUGAUGGCACAGAAAACAUAAAGAUGGAGAUUUCCCCUCAAGAAGCCAAUCAAUCAGAGGCAUCCAAUGAGGGAGAGAUUUGUCCAUGGGAAGCAGGAACAGAGGUAUCAACAAACACUGGGAAAAGAGCGCAAAGCAAGCAGCAGAGUUUGGCUGGGCACAAGACUUUGUGCCGCAGUCUUCCAAGGGCACAGCCAGAAGGUAUAAACAAGAUCCUUUCAUCAGAAAGCAAGGAAGACACUUCCAUGGACAACAUCUUCCCUUGGGAAGCAGAGGAAGAUUCUACACUGAUCAGAAAAGGCUCUGCAAAAAUCAGCAAAAAGGUCUCAGAAGCCUGCCUAGGAGAGGCAGAAGAAGCCAGUUCAAUGCCUGAUGUGGUGGCCCAAAGCAAAACAGAGCUGAAGCCAGAGGCUCAGGAAGCAGAAGAUCCUAGCAGAGUCACAUCAGGUAUCUGUCCUUGGGAUUGUGACUGAAUGGACAAAACUAAGAACUUGCUUAGAUACUCUGAGAAAAGCUUCUGGAUGCA